AUGGAUCCGCUCCUUCACAUCCAGGCUGAGGAUGUCUAUUACAUGAGGAAACUAGUCAAUGACUCGUCCUUCUGGAACAUCAGCAUUGGCCAGUGGUUCCACAAUGGGACGACAGACGGUUUCCUGCCCAUGGGCAUCAAGGUCACUAUUGUGAUCGUCUACUCCAUCGUUUGCAUCGUGGGGCUGGUGGGCAACUGCUCUGUCAUGUAUGUGAUCAUCAGAUUCACAAAGAUGAAGACAGCGACCAACAUCUACAUCUUUAACCUGGCCCUGGCUGAUACCUUGUGCCUGAUAACUUUACCUUUUCAAGGUACCGAUACCUUCCUGGGGUCCUGGCCAUUUGGGAAUGCCCUCUGCAAGAUUGCCAUCUCCAUUGACUACUACAACAUGUUCACCAGUACCUUCACCUUGACUAUGAUGAGUGUGGACCGCUAUAUUGCCAUCUGCCACCCCAUCAAGGCACUGGACAUCCGCACCCCCCACAAGGCUAAAGUAGUCAACAUCUGCAUCUGGGCUUUAGCCUCAGUCUUUGGCAUCCCUGUGAUGGUGAUGGGAUCAACUGAGAAUGAAAAUGAUGAGAUUGACUGCCUAAUUAGACUCCCUGAACCUGUACAAUAUUGGGAUCCAAUAUUUGGAAUCUGUAUAUUCCUUUUCUCCUUUAUGAUCCCCGUCAUGGUGAUCACUAUUUGCUACAGCCUCAUGAUCAGGCGCCUGAAGAAUGUCCGUGUUCUCUCUGGAUCAAAGGAGAAAGACCGAAAUCUCCGGCGCAUUGCUCGGCUGGUUCUGGUUGUGGUGGCCGUUUUCAUCAUCUGCUGGACCCCUGUCCAUAUCUUCGUCCUGGUCCGGUGUCUCGGGGCCAAGGCUGACAACGAAUUCAAGCUGGCCAUCUUGUACUUCUGUACUGCACUGGGAUACACCAACAGCUGUUUGAACCCAGUUCUUUAUGCUUUCUUAGAUGAGAACUUUAAGACGUGUUUCAAGAAGUUCUGUUUCCCGUCUGCAUUUAGGAAAGAGCUCCAGAUGUCCAACCGAAUGUGCAGCAUUGCCAAGGAUGUCGCUUACGCUUGCAAGAACUCAGAUGGGACUAACAAUCCGGCAUGA